AUGCCAGGCGCCUCUUCAACACCAGGCCUGAUCCAUAUCUCGAGUCUCCCGCGGCCAAGCGUCUCGACGCCGACGCGCAGCUCCCCUCGUCACAACACAUCCCGCAAGCACCAACACCAACAACCCACCAACCACCCAUCGGGUUCCCCCAAGCAGAACAACAAGGCUACACCUCGGUCCAAGGCUGCGACCAGCACGGCGGAUGAGAUGACGACGACCGACGAUGAGCCUUUGUUCGUCUCCCUCGCGACGGGGCCUCCGAGUGCUGGAACAAGAUCAAGGACAAAAGCCCAUCGAAGCCGACCCCAGCAAGAGGCACAACAAGAUCUAUCGACCUUUGACUACAACCUCGGACAGCCGUCGAGAGAGUACGACUCGGCUUCACCAUCGCUCGUGUCCCGCUCGGCACCCCGGCCUUCCCAUCACCAUCUGGAGCAACACCAUGACCGGAGCAACGCCCGCCGCAACACCAACAAGAUUCGCACCAGUCGUCAAGCAGCGCAGCCUUCGUCAUCCUCUGACGAAUGGGAUAUGCCCACCCCCUCGAACGGUGACGCGACAACAAACGCCGCGUCUUCCCAGCCGCUCAGCUGGCAGCAGGAGCUGCUGACCCAGUCUUCGUCUGAAAAGACCACUCGACCCAAGAAGAAUAACUCCAACACGAACCGAGGCCAACGCACAACGCCGACGAACGCGAACCACUCGACCCACGAAAUUUCUCCUCGCCCUGCAAAGGGUGGCGGCAAGAACCAACAAGGCCAGGGUGCUCGACCGGCAUUGACAGCAUCUCAAUCGGAAGGAACACCGAAUGCGUUGACCUGGCAACAACAGCUUUUGCAGACUUCCGGUGGAGGUGGUACGAACUCGAUCUCGUCGAUGCAGACGAGUCAAUCGGCAGGGAACGCGACACCGGCCAAGCUGCGUCGACAACAGCAAAAGGACAAUGAAACCUUUGGGAUCGGCACGCUCGCGCUCGAUCAAUCCGAUUCCGACGCUGCGAACGGCUACCACCACCAUCACACUAACGGAACGCAUUCCCCUCGCACGCCCCAACGUCGAUCUGAUCGAACCUCGUCCAAGAAGGAAGCUUCGCAACCCAUCGCCUUCUCCCCAUCCGCCGAACCUCGAUACGCCGGCCCGACGUUCCACAACUCGCCUUUACCGAGCAGUCUCCCUACGCCCAGUUUCAUCCUGAGGAAGCAACAGCAACAACAGCAACAAUUGCAGCAACAGCAGCAACAGCAGCAGCAAUGA